CAAGGAAAAUGUGAUAAACAAUUUACAAUUGUGAUAAAAUAUUUCUGUGGAUGUGGUAUUUAAUGAUAAAAGUUAGUUUUUUAUGCUGUUCAAAACGGUGACUAACAUCACAGAAAUGGAACAGGAAGAGUCAAUAUACCAAGGAAUUCUUCUGUUACCACCUGUUGGAAAAAUACUUAAGAAAUCCUGGCAACAGAAAUAUUUUAUGUUGUUCAAAGCCAGCAAAUUCGGCAAGGAGCGACUGGAGGUCUACGAUUCGCAAGAAUCAAAAGAACCCAGCAAAUUCAUUUCCUUAGAAAAUUGUAUUAAAGUUUACUCGAAAUCGCCUACGACAUUCGUUGUCAUCACCAGAACCAACAAUGCCGCCACAAACACGCACGAAUUCGGAACCCUGACUGAAUACGAAAUGAACGAAUGGCUCACAGCCAUACAAUCCGUAGUAUUUCCCGACGAAGUAUCGAAAAUAACGAGCAUCGAAGAAGACAACGACUUGUACUGUUCAUCCGGAGAAGGCGUAUUCAACGUAAAACUCCAUCCUUCCACCGUGUCCAAUAGGUGUGGAUUAGAGAACAAAAACUACACCUUGGUACUUACCCAAACGUCCUUACAACUAAGGAACAUCCUCGACAAUAAACUCCUCUACAACUGGCCUUAUUGCUACAUCAGACGCUACGGCUACAAGAACGGCACAUUCAAGUUCGAAGCGGGCAGGAAAUGCGAAUCGGGCGAAGGAACUUUCUACCUCGAGCAUCCCAAUCAACAGGAAAUCUUCAGGUGCUUGGCCAGCAAGAUGAAAUCCAUGCAGAAACUCCUUUCCGGCGAGGCCUCCUCCCCGCUUCUGGACGUCGGCGACGCCCAAUUGCACGCGGCCCUUUCCAUGGAAGCCCGAUCGAGAACACCACUGCCUCCGUCGGCGUCUCAAUCCAUACAGUCGUUUUCUUCGAUGUCGGACUCUACCAUGUCCAUUAAAUCGUCGGUCGAAUCCGAGCAUUCCAAACCGUUUGUGCUGAGAAAACCCGAGCCUAAACCAAAGCUAGUCCAGAAAUUGAAGCCCACCAAGCCGCCCAGGAAGUUCUUACCCGGGAAUAAGGCGACCGAUAGUGAUGCUUCGUACGAGGCCGUUCAGAAAUACGAUCAAAUCGAACACAGAGUGAACGCCUGGCAGACGCACGGAAUAGACGCGCCCGAUCACACCGAGCACUUGAACGAAGAGGACGAGUACAUGUCGUGGGGCGGCACGAAGAAGGAGCCGGAGACUGUUAAAAAACCGUUAGCGCCCGCCAUCAUAACGGAGAACACGCCGGCCGAUACGGGAGACACUUUCUACGAUAAGUUGAAUUUUUUCGGUUCGACGAGCAAGCUCAACGUUAAGUCGCACUACAAGGAGGCGUUUCCAUCGUCUUUCGGGCCGUCGGUGCCCGAGCCGCCUUCGUUCAACGAUUACGAUGAGGUCCAUUUUUCGGACAAAUCGGAGGAGGUCGGGAAGAAAAAGGACGAGAAUGUUGCUCAUCAGUUCCACAACGAUGAGGCCUACGCUGUCAUAAGCAAACCGAAACGAGUCUAGUCAAUGAUUUGUGAACUCGAACGUACAGGAUUUGUUACGACAAAUAGAAAACAGGCCAAAAUCGGUGCCAUUUUUUUUUUAACAAUUUAACAAUUCGUCCGCUCCGGACUUCGGACUGGUAUCAAAAGUUUGUUUGAUUUAAUCUUCAAAUUUGGAACAAUUUGAACCGUUUCAGUUCGAAGUUCUCGCUUAGUACGAUCUAAUUGAGAUUUUUUUAGCGUCGAAUCUCGAGUGAUAAAACGUGCCAAUCAAAAUAUAAUAUGGCAAUAAUUUUGGAAUAUUAAAAAAAAGCUUCGUGAAUUUAAUGAUUUAUCGGGUAACGUUAGUAUUUAGAAAUGCGAUGAAUUUUAAUGAAAUCGUUAAAACAGUAUUUUUGCAAUUUGGAAGUAUUACAAAAAUUGCGUAGCUCAAAGCUUAAUGUUGAAUUAAUAUACAAUCAAUACACUUACACAAGUAUUUAUUUAAAGACUAUAAUACUAUUUUGAUUACAUUGAAACUGACUUGUAAAAACACUGCUGGGAAUUAAUCAAUUCAUAAAUGUAUCCUUCGUUUCGAUUUUAAGACAGUUAUUUAAUUUUACUUGGAUGUAACGUUAUGCUUAAUUUUUUCAUUAUUGCGUAUUGCAGUAAUUUCCCAACGAAUAUGUAUUUACCAAACUCUGUGAUAUUUGUAUUCCAUCACACUAUUUGUAUAUAAAUGUUUCUCAAUAUUUUUAUCCUGUUCCGUUAUGCUUGUACGAUGUACAUUUUUUUUAAUAAUCUUAUUUCAAUACUUACCUUUUAUUUUUUCGAAAUAUAUGCAGGAAACGAAAUAUUAUUCGCAGAAAUAUUGAAAAAAGAAUGCUUUUUAUUUUUUCACUGCAAAUGUUUGACUGAAAUUAUUUUUUAUACGUCCUCAGAGGAAAAAAUUUUGUACAGACUGAAAAUAUUUUUUCAUUCUAUUCGCAAUGUAUUUUAACAGUAGAUAAUUAGUUCACUGGGUUUUUAUGUACAUUUUUGGUAACAUAAAUGCUUUUUUUAUACAUUUUUAUGCUAUUGAUAUUGCUAGAAUAAAUUCGCCAUGUUACUUAAAUUCUAAUAACUUUGUUUGAAAA